AUGGAAAGAGGAAGAGGAGGAGGAGGAGGAAGGAACCUGGGAGGCUCUGGCCUGCACAGGAACAUUUAUUCCCAGUCUCAACAGCAGUACCACUACCCGGCCUCCUCCCAGGGGAGCUGCAUGGAGAUCCAGGAGCUGGCCUCCAAGAGGGUGGACAUCCAGAAGAAGCGGUUUUAUCUGGAUGUGAAACAGAGCUCCCGCGGCCGCUUCCUGAAGAUCGCCGAGGUCUGGAUAGGAAGGGGCAGACAGGACAACAUCAGGAAGAGCAAGCUGACCCUCUCCUUGUCCGUGGCUGCCGAGCUGAAGGACUGCCUGGGGGACUUCAUCGAGCACUACGCCCACCUGGGCCUGAAGGGCGGCCACGGCCACCGGCACGAGCACAGCAAUGACAAGGAGCAGCAUCCCCGGAGGCGGCCGCAGCACCCGCCGCCUUCGCCCCCCGUGUCCGUGGGCUCCGAAGAGCCGCCUCACAGCGUCCUCAAAACGGAGUACAUCGAGAGGGACAACAGGAAGUACUACAUGGACCUGAAGGAGAACCAGCGCGGGCGCUUCUUGCGGAUUAGGCAGACCAUGAGCAGGGGACCUGGCAUGAUGGGUUACUUUGGCCACAGCUUGGGACAGGAGCAGACGAUCGUCCUCCCGGCGCAAGGGAUGAUCGAGUUCAGGGAUGCUUUGGUCCAGCUGAUUGAAGAAUACGGUGAAGGGGACAUAGAGGAUCGCCGGGGGGGAGGCGACGAGCCCCCGGAGCUCCCCGAGGGCACCUCCUUCCGAGUGGACAACAAGCGCUUCUACUUCGACGUGGGAUCCAACAGGUACGGCAUCUUCCUGAAGGUAAGUGAGGUGAGGCCGCCCUACCGUAACACCAUCACAGUUCCGUACAAAGCGUGGACACGGUUCGGGGAAAAUUUUAUCAAGUACGAAGAAGAGAUGAGGAGAAUUUACAACAGCCAUAAAGAGAAAAGAAUGGAUGCCAGAGGGGACAGUGGUGAAGAGCAAGAGGGUCUGGAAUAGAGUGCAUUGGACAAUUAACCAAACAAAGCAAGCAGAAAUUGGUGAGAGGGACAGACCUAUAGUAAUUCCAAGUUGCCCCAGUUUUUUGUAAAGUCCUUUUCUGGUAGUUCUUGCUAGCUCCAGUACAUGAUGUUAUAGGAGUCUGGUUGUCAUGUUAAACUAUGCCCAAAACAUCUCCGUAUGUCUUAGGAAAGGACCAACCUCCCGAGUCCAUAUGAGUCAGCUGCUUCGAGUGUUGGAGACUGUGGAAGUACGAGUAUCAGCACAAACAAAAUCCGGCACCCUGACCUUUAAAUAGUCUAGAAAAGGCUUGUGUUGCACUUAAACACGAUACAAAAGUACCCCCACCCUGAACCUUAUGAUGAAAUGUAUCAGUUUCUGCUUAUCACCAGUUUUUCAGGACUGGCUUCUGCCCGUGCUCAGUCCAAAGGCCGAGCAGCAUUGCCGUAGAGCGUUUAUGGCAAAAAUCAGCUCCACGCGAAUCGCUGGUCUGUGUGUGAGGAGGGAGAGAGGUUUUAAAGUUGGCAUCUCCUGGUUAUUGAGUUGGAAACAAUAGUCUGUUUAUGGGUAAAAUCUCC